UUUGACGCCAGCGCACUGCGGAUACGAGUGAUGUAUGGACGAUAUCGUUCAACUUAAGCGUCAGCGUAAACUUCCCUGCUUUGAGCGGUCGUGCAGGGGCGUUCGUGGCGCUGACAGCUGCAUUGAGGGGUAGUUUCGGUGACAAUGAACGAUUUAGGCAGGCCGGAAACGCGAGCAGCGUCACGUGGCCGCGCGGCGUACACACCAUCAUGAGCUGCCUAGGUAUAUACCUUCAAAUCCUUCUCUUUGCCCCAACAUCCACCAUGCCCCGGUUAUGUUCAGUACUUCCUCUAUCUCUGGUCAUAUCACCCUCGAAUCUGCGGGGCUCAUCGCUCUCGCCGACCUCUCCGAUGUCGCAUUGAGGACGGCUCUGACAGGAACGGCCUCAUACCUUGACGUCCUUGUCCUUGCACCAGGCAUUCAUCAGCAGCAAUCCGCAGUCAAAAUCAAUGACGGCGAAUUGCCAGGUGCCGCCUCGAUGACAAAUGGAUACAUCUUCCGAGUGGAGAAUCCUGCUAUCGUCCACUACCUAUGGCACAUUGGCCGUAUUGGCCAACUCGUCACCGCUCAUGUAUCUCCAAAACCUCCCCGCAGGUUGAAUCCAUUCACGAACCGUUUCUUCAGGAUCGACUUAUCCCCCCACAUCACCCCGGUCUUCGUCGCUGGGAUUCGCGCCACGCUGUUGUACCUAACCUGCCCGAUACUCACUAUCGUUGUCUCCGCACUUCUGGGCGCUAUCAGAGAUUGGUGGGCAUUUGGGGUUUUGGGAAUGCUUGUGUUGACUAGGUUUAUAAAUGUGGUCGUUAUCAAGCGGAGAAGCAAGGAGGGAUGGAAAGGCAAGAAAGAGCCGGGUGUCGAGGGCGAUCUCUUCAUACUUCUGAGUCAGGAUCGCUGGGUUCGUUUGCAAGGAUUAGUGGACGAUCUGAAGGCGGUGACGGCAGGCCAAUGGUUGCGGGGUGAGACUGCAGAAGAGGGAUUUUCCGUAGGGUUCGCUACGCUGUUGGUCUAUGCGUGCGCCGCGCUUGCGGGAAACGCAUCGACGGUGGGAAGCCUGCACUUUGCCUGCUUGUUGCUCUCCUCUCCUGCUCUAUGCCACUUUUCUUAAAUGGACGAGUUACUGUAGACAGUUCAAGAAAGUGGGCAUAUAC